GCCAAUUUUUUAACAUCCUUGAGUCGCUCUAAACGGGCCUGCAACUCUCUCGUCCCGGCAAAGGUCACACCUUCCUCCCUCGUCCACAUCCGUGCCUCCAGCCACCGGCCGCCUAGGGCGGCGCUCUUGCCACCGGCUGUCGAGCCCGCCGACCUUGCCGCCGUUUCCACGCCGCCUGACCUGCCCCCACGACCUGCUGCCGUCACGCCAUCCGACCUGCCCCAGGACAGCCCAAGCCCCCGCGAGGCCGCGACCUGCUGGGGAGGAGAUUGAUAGGAGAGGUGGUCGGCGGCGUGGAUACCAACGACGGAGACAUAGUGAUUGCCGCCCGUCGUCCCCUGUUUCCGACACGCUGAAGCCUCACGCCACGAGCGAGCAGAGGGCCCCAACUGCCAGCAGCAACCUUAGGCACUGGUUGCUUGAAGGCAAGCGCGUCGUAUGUUAUCCGUUUUCUAUCACAUUACCGUCGUAAUUAUCAUAUCCCUCUCCCCAGUUAUCCAAGCAUUAUGCAGGGACAGAAACUAUAAAACUUCUAGCAAUCUUGUUGACCCAAACGAUUUGCCUUGUUUCAGUUCUUGAUCUUCUUCUUUGCCCUCAGCUGAAAAUGGGAGAAGCAAGGGAAACAUUAGGAAAUCACACCAAUCAGCAAAACAAUUAAACCCUUGAUUGUGAUUUUCAGCUGUGCAAAUCUUAAUUAGAUAUCUCAGAUAAUCCAUCAACUAGACAAACAUACAAAGUGAACCGAACAACUCUCAAACAAUAUGAUAUUUCCUAGGCAACUCUCAAAGGAAAAAGUCACAUAGCAAAUGACAUAAUUUAGUACAUGUAAUGAAUUCUGAUGAUGUAUGCCAAGUUUAUCACUAGCGUACAUGUCUAAAGCUGACUGGCAUCCGCUUGCUUAUACAAAUCCAAAAUAUGACAUUACUACAGUAAGGCAUCACCAUUCACAAACAAGAAAAUAGUACCUCGUUGUUGUGGCCACAUUUCUUCUUGCGGCAGUUAACAGCCUUGGUGUGCAAGCGAGUAUAGCACCUGGAUCAGAUAUUUGACAUCAAGCACUUAGACUACCCUAGGUUCAUACUGAAUAUAAGAAUUUCCAAUGCAAACACAAUACUAUUUACAAAACUAUCUAGGGGGGAAAUCAAAUGGUCCUUUGUAAUAAUGUUUACGAACAAAGCAAACUAGGUGCAAGACAGUAAACGUCAAAACACAGACAAAACAAGAACCAGAGAAACUUGCAGUGAUCAAAAGUCUGAAUGAUUGGCAGGCCAGACAAAAUAUAUGCCUCAAAAGUUAAGCUCGUAAGGCGACUUACACAUCUAAUUGAUUCAUCAUUCCAGCCAAUCAACUAUGAGCAUAGGAAAGCACAAAUCCCAGACCAAACUCAAAAGAUACUUCAACUGAACAAACAAGUUAUACUACCUAAUUGGUUCAUCACCCCUGCCAAUCCACUAAACUGAAUACAAUGAAACAAAGAUAGUGGACUGUCACAAGUGGUUAUAUGUUGCAUAUUUUAAGACAUUCCCGGUUGUUGAAAAUUUAGGAGAUUAGACCUUCAUUAGUAUAGAUGCAGAUCAUUGGUCUCCUCAUACGAGCCAAAUUUUCAAGAAAUACCAACGAAGGUGAUGGCACACAAGUUGAUGCACACAAUGAUACCACGCAAGAUGAUGCACUUGAAGGCAAGGAAGAUGAUUGUUUGUGCUACUAUGCCGCUCCAUAAUUUUAUUCGUGAGCAUUCUAGUGGUGAUGUGGGCUUUGCAAAUUGUGGUUGAGAUCCUGAUUUUGUGCCUACUAUCCCAAUUUCCCAAAUAGAUACAAUAAAUAACUGAAUAAUCAGUGUCACCACAUGCCUCAGAUCAAUCCACUUCUAAAUCAAGUUUUACUACAAUGGAUGCAUUUCGUGAUAGUAUAGCAACGACUCUCACUUGUGUGGAAUUAGCACCAAAUAUUUAUGCAAUAUUUUGCAACAUCUAUUUGUAGUGACUUGUGUGAAGAGUGAAGACAAUGAUUAUGUAAUAUGUUACUAGUUUAUUAUUGCUGCAAGGUUGAAUAUUUGAAUUUAUUUGAAAAAAUCAUAUAGUGAUUUAUCUUUGUUGUAUUGUUGAAUAGUCAAGUUCAUAGCAAAAAUAGUUGCAUAAAGAUCAUUAUUCUCAAUAAAACAAUUAGCUAAAACAACCAAAUGAUAGGAAGGUCAUUGCAGCCUCAAACUUCACUUUUCUAGAGUUGGAUGCACCUUUCUGGUCAAACACAGUCAAAACUCCAGAGGAGAGCAGCUCCAGUCUGGAGUUAUAGAGCAAAGCUACUCUGAAGUGGAGUGGAGCCAUACAAACACACCUUAGUUGGCGUAGAUUUUUGUGAAUCCGCUUUUGGCUAGCGAUAACGUCUUCUGGGUUUCCAAAGGCUUCUACUCGACUCCUCUAGGCCUUUUGGGACGUGACCUUCAUCUUGUGCGACUUGCCAAACGAAUCCGUCACAAUACUGCCGAAUGCAAUGGAAGCUUCCUACCAUAACAGUCGACCCUUUUCACACCGGUCAACGCAGUAACCAAACAUUCGGACGCGCAUAAAAUCGCCACGCACGCAUCGCUGGUUUUGCCGUCGCAGAGCAGAAGGCACUCCGGGACGGCAGCGUGCUCUGCAGACGCUGAAGGCAGGAUGUGGCUGGAAGAGGUGAGGCGGAGGGAGCGUGGAGAGCUUCGCGCUCGGCGGUUUGAGGCCGCCGCCCGAGCGUGCCGCACGGCUUCGCUCGCGCUCUCCAAUCGCAAGGAGUUUGUCACCCCACAUCACGGCGCCGUCAACUCGCUCCAGGUUGAUUUGACAGAGGGGAGGUACCUGCUCUCCGGGGCAUCGGAUGGGUCGGCCGCUGUGUUCGAUGUGUGGAACGCGACUGAAUACGAAACCGGGUUCAUAGCAAAGCACAGGAACAUACUGCUUGUGGACAAGCAACACCAGAAUGGCCACAAGUUCGCCAUCUCGGCGGCCGUUUGGUAUCCUGUGGAUACGGGGCUGUUUGUCACAGCAUCCUUUGACCAGUUUGUCAAAGUUUGGGAUACAAAUUCGACUCAAGUCGUCAUGGAAUUUAAGAUGCCUGGAAAAGUGUACACUGCAGCCAUGUCUCCAAUCGCAACAACGCACGUGCUCAUUGCUACUGGGAGUGCAGAUGUUCAGGUCCGUCUAUGUGACAUUGCUUCUGGAGCCUUUACCCACACGUUGUCUGGUCAUCGUGAUGGUAUCAUGUCUUUGGAGUGGUCUGCCUCAAGUGAGUGGAUUUUGAUGAGUGGUGGCUGUGACGGGGCAAUACGUUUUUGGGACAUUAGAAGAGCUGGAUGCUUUCGGGUUCUGGACCAAUCAAGGUCUCAACUUGGAAAAAGGCCCCUUGUUAAAAGUGCUCUAUAUAAGCAGGAUCACACAGAUUCCUUAGGACCUUCACCUUCCGCAAGGAGAAGGACAGGCAUUUCUAAGAAGAGUUCAUCAGCUUUGCGCAAAAUUCAAAACCCGACACAUGGACACAUGCAACAGAGAUUGCAUCCUGGUUUGUCAUCUAGUCAAAACCGUGCUACUGCUCAUUAUGGUGCUGUUACUGGUUUACGAACAACUGCAGAUGGGAUGUACCUUCUUAGCUCAGGAUCUGAUUCUCGCUUAAGACUAUGGGACAUCGAUUCAGGCUGCAAUACGCUGGUCAAUUUUGAAGCUAUGCGAUUGCAGACAGGCAAGCCAUUACAAUUAGCUGUCACUGAGGAUCCUUCACUUGUAUUUGUUCCAUGUAUGGCAAGCAUCAAGGCAUACAAUUUAUGGUCUGGUAAAACAUUUCAAACAUUCCGGGGGCACUAUGAACUUGUGAGUUGCUGCUACUAUAGUGAACAGGACCAAGAACUUUAUACUGGCAGCAACGACAGGCAAAUUCUUGUGUGGUCUCCAUCAACUCCAGCUUUUACUAAAAUGGAAGAUGAUGACAAGAUCCUUUCUGCAGCUGAUGAGGAUAACUGGAGCGACUGAGAAACCCUGGAGCCGGGAGGAGUGUGUCUUGUAUCUACUGACAUCGAUGUUACUGAUGUUAACAAAUAACAUGUCGAGGUUGUUAGGUCUUGUUAGCAGCCCCUAAAUGAUGAUAUUGUCUUGGUGUAUUUUCAAAAAUAUGUACAUUACCAUGUGAAAAUUUGACAGAUCAUUGAAUAAUUUGUAGAUUUAUCUCAGGAGGAUAGAGGGAUGUUUGACGUUCGCCAAAAUGUUGUUUAGCCCUGGAGCCUUGUUUUCUUCACUGUGUAUUAAUGCUUUACCCAAAAAUAAGAAUUUUUCUGAG